AUGGGGUUACUAAACUCACAAGAUAAAGAAAUUAUUAAGAGAGCACUACCUAAAAAUUCAAAUAAGAUUAUUGAUGUCACCAUAGCACGGUUAUAUAUUGCAUAUCCAGAUAAGACACAAUGGCAAUAUACAGGUUUAUCUGGAGCCAUUACUUUGGUUGAUGAUUUAGUGGGUCAUACCUUUUUUCUUAAAUUGAUUGAUAUCUUUGGACAUAGAGGGAUCAUUUGGGAUCAAGAACUGUAUAUAAAUUUCCAAUACUAUCAGGAUAGAACUUUUUUUCAUACUUUCGAAAUUGAAGAUUGCUAUGUGGGGCUUUUGUUUGUUGAUAUUAAAGAAGCAGAACAUUUUUUGAAAAGGGUACAAAAGAGAGAAAAAUAUGCCUCGAGAGCAACUUUACAGAAUAAAAAAGCGAUUGCGUUAAAUAAAAAAUUGAGGGCUGAGAAUGCAAAAAAACAGCCUAAACAAGGCCCUAGAGGUGAAACUAUGGUUGUAAUGGAUUCUCAAAGGAAAAGAUAUAAUUACAAUGAAGUUGAACACAUUCCAGUAACCAAAAACAAAGCUCCACCUCCACCACCUCCAUCCUCAUCAUCAAUAUUUUCACACAAUGAUAUUGAUACUAAUGAGGGUGAUACAGACCAGUAUAAUGAUGGAUUCGAUGAAGAUGCAUAUUACAAUGACACUGAUGUACAAUCAUCAACUUUGUCGGUGCAGCCUGCUGUGUCAGGGCAUUCCACUGUAGCAGAUACCGUGUCUUCUACAGAACAAAAAGAACAAGCAUCAGAGUUGCCCACUCAUCAGAAAGUUAAACAUAAUGUGCCCCCAUUACCUGCAAAUUUUCAACCAGCACCUCCGUUGAGUAAUAAUACUACUACUACUAUUCCAGUUCCUAGUACUACUAAUGUUUCACAGCUACAGCCUUCAUCUUUCUCAAAUCAACCGUUCAAUAAUGCAACACAACAAGCAAAUAACUCAUUCCCAUUUCCAAUUCCACAGAUGAACAAUACAAAUAUGAAUUUGCAUAGGCCAGUUCCGCAGUUGCCAAAUAGAACGCCAAGUAUUAAUAUGAAUAUAAAUAGUAAUAUAAAUACAGCAAGGCCAGUUCCCGCUCCUCCACCAAGACAAAAUAUUAAUACCGGUGGAGUUCCUCCUCUUCCUCCUGUAAGACGUGGUCCGGCUCCACCAUUACCACCACACAGAAAUAACAAUAAUAUGAAUAAUCAAAGAAUAUCUAGUAAUAAUGGCGUGCCCCCACCUCCACCUGUAAGGCGUGGGCCUGCUCCACCUCCACCUCCUGCUAGAACAAGGACACAACCAACAAUUCUACAACCUAAAACUUCUUUUGGACAGGAUACCUUCACACAACAAUAUAAUCAACAAAUGCCACAAGUUACUUUUGGUCAAUCAGCACCAUUGUCACAACAAACAGAAAUACCACCUCAUACUACGUUUAAUACGGCUCCGCAGUCUCCAGUACAACCAGUACCAUCUUUUAGACCAUUAAAUAGUUCGUCUAAUAUGAAUUAUAAUAACAAUAACACUGCUGCUAUAGCUCAUCCAAUUCCUCCAAUAAUGAAUAAUAAUAAUAAUACAAACUUGGUUCAUAUUGCUCCUCCUGCUCCUCCAUUAAUGAGUAAUAAUACUAAUGUGAAUGCUCCAGUAGCUCCACCUCCGCCACCUAUGAUGAAUAGUAAUAGUAUGACCACUCCUCCUGCUCCACCUCCACCUCCAGUGAUGAAUAAUAGCGAAGCUCCGGUUGCUCCUCCACCACCUGUUCUUGCUACAGACAAUAACAACAGUGGAUUUGUGGAAUCUACAGGUGAUGCGGGUAGAGAUGCACUAUUGGCAUCGAUUAGGGGUGCUGGUGGUAUUAAAUCGUUAAGAAAAGUAGAUAAAUCCCAAUUAGAUAGACCAUCUGUAUUGUUACAAGAAGCUCGUGGUGAGACUGUGGCUACUUCAAACACAGGAAAUGAAACGGCUUCUUCCAAUAUGGGUGCUGGUGGUCCACCAUCUCUAGCAGAUGCGUUAGCUGCAGCUUUAAAUAAACGUAAGAAUAAAGUUGGUGUACAUGAGGAUGAUGAUGUAGGGGAUGAUUGGUAA